GCUGCCCAGGUAUAAAGCCAGGAUCUUCGGGACCUGGCUUCAUUUGGAGUUCAGCUACCAAAAGGAAACCUUCCUCUGGGUCCUGGAGUAUUUGGCCUGAAAUUGGGAAUUUGGGAAUUGCUGCUCUAGAGCGCUCCCUGCGGAGCUCGGCCGCCCGCCUCUCCCCCAGGUCUCUCCCGGCGUCCCCACGCGGGGCGCAACCGCGAGAGAGGAACGCAGGUCGCCCCGCCAGCGCCCAGUGCAGCGCCAGUUUCUGGGCCCGGGCUGCUCUCGGAGCCAUGAGCUGCGGCCGCCCGCAUCCCGACGUGGAUGGCAUGAUCACCCUCAAGGUGGACAACCUGACCUACCGCACCUCUCCCGACAGCUUGAGGCGCGUGUUCGAGAAGUACGGGCGCGUGGGCGACGUGUACAUCCCGCGGGAGCCCCACACCAAGGCGCCCCGGGGCUUCGCCUUCGUCCGGUUUCACGACCGGAGCGACGCGCAAGACGCCGAGGCCGCCAUGGACGGGGCGGUGCUGGACGGACGCGAGCUGCGGGUGCAGAUGGCGCGCUAUGGCCGCCGGGACCUGCCUCGCAGCAGCCAGGAAGAGCCAAGCGGCAGGUCCUGGGGCGGCCGCUACGGACGGCGGAGCCGCAGCCCCAGGGGGCGACACCGCAGCCAAUCCCGGGGUCCCAGCUACUCUAAGUCCCGCAGCAGAUCUCACUAUGGGGGGUCUGGCUAUAGCCCGUCUCCCUACAGGAGAUCUCGGUACAGCCGAUCUCCCUACAGACGAUCUCAUUACAGGGGAUCUCGCUACGGCCGAUCUCCCUACAGUGGAUCUUACAGCUGGCAUCACUACAGCCGAUCUCCCUACAGGGAAUCUCACUACAGGGAAUCUCGCUACAGGAGGUCUCCCUACAUCCGGUCUUCCCGCAACAGGUCUCCCUACCGCCGCUCUCACUCGAAGUCUGGGUCUCGCUCUCGAUCUCCAUCAACCUCCAAAUCCAGCUCUCCACGAAGAUCCAAGUCCUCCUCCGUCUCCAGAUCCGGCUCACUGUCCAGGUCUAGAUCUACGUCCGGGAGUCCUCCCCCCACAUCCAAGAGGGAAUCCAAGUCCAGGUCGCGAUCCAAGAGUCCUCCCAAGUCUCCUGAAGGGGAAAAAGGACAAGUGCCCUCCUAGGAAAAUGAUCAUCAGCUAACGCGUGAUGGAGGACUUGGGGAAAAGGACUCCAUACUCAGUCCAUGGAAGCAGAGUCACUGGAAGAAGCGACUGCCUAAUGAAACGGCCCGGCUGCAUAGCAGUUGAGUGAUGCUGGUUAGCUGUUAAGGUGGCCUGUUGCAGUGCAGAGUGCUGAGCUGUUUCCUGUUUUCUUCUGAUUGCUCCUGAAAAAAGAAGCCCUGUCCUGAAGAACAAAUGGCUGUUCAGUUUAUUAAAAUGCCUGUCAACUGCCCUUCCAGUCACCCAGGUCUGGAAGAGAAAUAAUAGAGCAUGCAGUGAGCACAUCUAGCUGAUAUGAUAAUCACACCUCUUCCCCCUCCCUAUUCUGUUAAAUGGAAAAUCUGACCAUGUCAACAUACAUGAACUUAAAAUACGGGGAAUGUUAUUGAAGAAAUGGUUUGUAAGUGUAGGUACUUAUAACAUGGUGUAUGUUUUUG